GCGCGGCGGCGGGCGCUGGGCUCGGCGCGGAGUGCGGCCCGCGGCGCUUCGGCUCCGUUCUAACCCUUUUUCCCCCGUACAGAUCCCUCGAUGGAGGGCUGCGUGUCCAGGGUGGAGCUGUCCGUGUCCUGCCGGAGCCUCCUGGACAGGGACCUGGGCUCUGGCUCGGACCCGCUCUGCGUGCUGCUGCAGGACGUGGGCGGCGGGCAGUGGGCCGAGCUGGAUCGCACAGAGAGGAUCAAGAACUGCCAAGACCCAGAAUUCUGCAGGAAGCUGGUUGUGGAUUACUACUUUGAGAAAGUGCAGAAGCUGAAAUUCGGCGUGUAUGAUAUUGAUAACAAGACUGUUGAUUUAAGUGAUGAUGACUACCUUGGAGGGAUUGAGUGCACACUGGGACAGGUUGUGUCCAGCUCGGUGUUCACCCGCCCACUGGAACUGAAGCAGGGAAAGCCAGCAGGAAAAGGCAUCAUUACGAUUUCAGCAGAGGAGAUUAAAGAUACAAGGGUUUUGUACUUGGAAAUUGAAGCCAGAAACUUGGACAAAAAGGAUUUCUUAGGCAAAUCGGAUCCGUUUCUGGAGUUUCACAGGCAGAGUGAUGCUGGGACGUGGCAGCUGGUGUACAGAUCAGAGGUGAUAAAGAACAACUUAAAUCCAUCCUGGAAGAAGUUCAGUGUUCCCUUGCAGACCUUCUGUGGUGGAGAUUUUAACAAGCCUAUCAAGGUGCAGUGUGCAGAUUACGACAGUGACGGGUCGCACGACUUGAUCGGGAGUUUUGAAACGAACGUGGCUCAGCUGCAGAGGGCAGGUGAUGGCUCUCCGGUGGAAUUUGAAUGCAUUCACCCUGAGAAAAAACAAAAGAAAAAGAGCUACAAAAACUCUGGCAUUGUUAGGAUAAAAUCCUGCAAGAUUGAGACAGAAUAUUCAUUUCUGGACUACAUCAUGGGAGGCUGCCAGAUAAACUUCACUGUGGGUGUAGACUUCACUGGCUCCAAUGGAGAUCCGAAGUCACCAGAUUCUCUGCACUACAUCAGCCCAGAUGGGAUAAAUGAGUACCUGGUUGCCAUCUGGAGUGUGGGAAGUGUAGUCCAGGAUUAUGACACGGACAAGCUGUUUCCUGCAUUUGGGUUUGGAGCUCAGGUUCCUCCUAGCUGGCAGGUAUCUCAUGAAUUUGCUUUGAACUUCAACCCCAGCAACCCUUACUGUCAAGGGGUCCAAGGGAUCGUGGAUGCCUACCGCCAGAUCCUGCCUCAGAUCCGACUCUAUGGGCCAACCAAUUUCUCUCCCAUUAUAAACCACGUGGCGAGGUUUGCAGCAAAUGCAGCGCAGCAGGGAACUGCCUCUCAAUAUUUUAUCUUGCUGAUCAUCACUGAUGGAGAGAUCACUGAUCUGGACCAAACUAGGCAAGCCAUCGUUAAUGCCUCUAAGCUGCCCAUGUCAAUCAUUAUUGUUGGAGUUGGUGAAGCUGAUUUCAGAGCAAUGGAGUUCCUUGAUGGAGACAACGGGGUCCUGCAGUCCUUGACCGGGGAGGUGGCUGCAAGAGACAUCGUCCAGUUCGUGCCCUUCCGACAGUUCCGAAACGCUCCCCGGGAAGCGCUUUCCCAAACCGUUCUGGCUGAAGUGCCCAAGCAGCUGGUGUCCUAUUAUAAGUGGCAGGGAUGGCCACCUCUGAAACCACCAGAGAUAAAGAAGGUGUAGACUGCAGCCUGGUCCUGGCAACCUGGAUCCCUGGGGUGAAGAGAGCUGUCAGCACUCAGGCCCUGCCCUGCAGCUAUGGGUGCUCAGUGCCUUGAGAUUGUGCCAUUCACACCAAUUCUCCUUCCUGCCCCUGCUUUGUAUCUCUGAACUUUUCUAUUCCUGAAUGGAAGAAAUGUAAAUACAGCUGAAAGCAGGACUGCUGGUGGGUUUUGUCACAGACCUUGUUGGUUUUCCACCCUGGUUUUGCACCUUCAGUGCCAUGCAGCACACCAUGCAUCCUGGCUGGGCAGGGCCCAGCAGCUUGGUGUGAGCACAGGCACGUGCCCUGUCUCCCUGCUGAGGAGCAGCAGCAUUGCAGCCUCUCAGCUGCACUUACCCUUUGCACAUCUUCCUUCAUGGAUUCAUUUCUGUACAUUCUUUUUUUCUUCUAUCAAGCUGCCUUGGGAAGGGGAAUCUCCCGGUCCUGGAUGGUACCAGCGUCUGUUGGCUGCUUGCCUGAGGUGGUUCCUGUUUUGCCUUCAUCAAGUACCAGUAUAUUUUAUAUUAGAGGUUUAUUUUUACAUUUCAGUGACCAUACUUUGCAGUCUUCUUUUUAAUCACAUUUUUGUAUCAGCAGAAAUUGCUUCUGGGAUAAAAUAGUAAAUAAAUGAUCUGCUUUGACUUA